AUGAAAGCAUCCCUCGCCUCCCUCGUCGGCAUCCUCGCCGCAUCCCCUGCAUCCGCCAUCAUCGGGGGCGAGUCCGUCCCCGCAGGAAAAUACCCCUACAUCGUCAGCAUCUACCGCCCCGACCUGCAAGCUACAAAACAUCGCGCCCUCAACCAAUGCACCGGGGUCCUCCUCUCCAAAAACCUGGUCCUCACAUCAUCAAGCUGCCUCCAGUUCAACAGAAAACCCUUGACAAAGAUCGCACUCAACUCCACCGAAAAGUUCCUGCCCCGCGGGGACAAAAUGCUCUUCCGCAUGGGCCGAUGGUCCUCGCCGCGAAACUGGCGCCACAUAGGCCAGGAGUACAACAUCGCCCUCAUUUGGUUCAAGGGCGACCACAACAUCACGCAGUUCGCGAGGCUGCCCACGCGAGGACAGGUUCCUCGGGAGGGAGAGGUUGCCACGGCCGUCGGGUUCGGAGUCAUGUCGUUUAGGGGGGACAAGUCCGAUGUGUUGAGGGAGUUGACGCUCCCGAUCACAGACACGGCUUCUUGUGUCGAACGGUUCCACGAUGUUAUGUACGUUGAGGGGGACAAGGUUUGUGCGGACGCCUGCUCUGAAGGGAGGUCGUCUACGUGUGAGGGCGAUUCCGGCGGUCCGGUGAUUGUGAAUGAUACGGUUGUUGGCAUCAUUUCUGAUGGGCCAUUGUGCCGGAGGGGUGGGUGCUUUCCUAGUGUUUUUACUGUUGUUGCUGAGCAUCUUCCGUUUAUUGAGACGGGUAUGCUUCAUCCGGAGCCUGACAGGCUUGUUAUGGAAGUUGAGUAG